ACUAGACUUGGCCAUAGCGUUAACUAGCUGUAUCCACUAACAACCCGAGGCGGGCCGUCGGUUGUUACAUGUUACACACUGCCACACUGCCACACUGACACACUGAUCAUGACAUUUGAUACAUCACUGGGCAAUCAUCCAACUUAAUACACCAUUGCAUUGCAUAUCUUCCAACCACACCACCAUACUAAUUAAUUCCUAACACUUGCCAACCUUGAGUUCAAUCACGAAUCACAGUCGGACUACGAAUAAUACAGCUGCAGGUACUGUACAACUCAAAGAUUGAACAAUUCCGACGACAGUAACUCGAUAAGGGACCAACCACAACCAUGGCGGCAUCGCGCCGCGGCAAGCCGGAGCUGCAGGUCAGGCUUCCUACCUCGCCGACCUUGUUACCUGACCUGCCUCCCAUCUACGCUCUAUUCCUGAUCGAUUUCGAUGUCAAAGCCGGAUACACUGUCUCCUGGAAGGCAUCUAAGCCUGGCGUCGAGCUCGAAGGUGUCGUCGAAUACAAAUCCCUCCCAUCGGGGCUCCAUACCGUACCCGAAGACCUAAUAUAUUUCGUGCAUGAUGGAUAUGCCGGGCUAAGUGCAUUUAUAAACACACCCGUCGAGGAUAGCGAAGCCCGUAACGCCCGUAUGUUGGCCGUGGGUGUGCUUGUUCCCUUGAGUUAUGGUCGAUUGGGGAGAGCAUGGAGACACGCCGAGAGUCUGAAGUCAAUGGCAUCGGCAUUCGCCGCGAAUGCCAAGGAGACAGGUUUAUUGGAAGAGUAUUGGAAGAAGCAUCAGUUCCGGGAGGAAGGUAUAGAAGAGCUAGACGUCGACUCGCCAUCCACCAACCUUCAAACCCCUUCGAAGCGAUCCCAAGGCCACGCUAGGAACCGUUCGGCCUCUGACGGAGCUUCGUUGCUACCGCCUGGCCAUAGAUUAUCUCCAUUCCACCCUGCCUGGAGUCUUACCAAACUAUUAGAUACAUUUGGACCGCUCAUCUUCCCUAUACACCGUGCUGCAUUACUGCGCAAGCGUAUAUUAAUAUCAAGUCAUGCUCCUGUGCAAGAAGCUUGUAAUUUUGUCUACGACAUUUCUAUCCUAUCUAAUAUCCCACAACCAACAUUCGACCUCCUCUCCCCUAACUCACCGUCCCAUCGCUUACGACCCUUAUUCUCUAUCGGGGUCCACGAUAUCCCUUUCCUCGUCGAGGAUUCGAAGCCCCCACCAAACAGUGGCGAUCAAACAGGAGAGGCACGCAAUGAAAUAGGGACUGGAUGGAUAGCAUGCACGACCGACAGUAUUCUCGCUAAGAAAGACACACUGUGGGACUUGCUCAUAACUAUGCCACCAGCCUACUCUUCUCAAGCAAAACGCCACGCUUGGCCUAAGAUUCAGAGCUCGACCGGCGUACCUAUCAAAGCUACUCAGCGUGAUCUACGCCGCUAUCGGUCCCUCAAGACCGGUCUAGCCCGCCUCCAGGCUAGUCCAGGCAAUUCUCCUGUCACGCCCACAACAAUAACCCCCAAGGAUACAAACGACCCAUUCCUUGACGAGGCCGAAGAAAGGGAGGUGGUCGAGCCCCUGAGCUGGACCGCCCUCGCCUACAACGGUUUCAUGUGGUGGGCCUCGGCUGGCGAGCAGGCACGCUCCGAGCAGGCCGAAGAAUCUGCCCGCGACGCUGAGCUUCUUGCGGACCUGUCCUCGUCCUCCGUGCGCAUGGAAGUUCCCCGCUCAGCCGACUUGACGACUUCCAUGGCCUCGCUCACACCACGCCACGCUUCUACAUCUGCAGCUGGCACAGCUCCCCUAGGUCCAGACGAGGCGCGUGUGGAACUUGCCAUAAUAGCGUAUUUCCACCGCCUCACCACGCAGACCCUGACCACCCUCGCCGAAGUUGUCGAGAGCAGCGGUGAUGUCGAUGACGAUGACGAUGACGAUGACGAUGACAACGAGGAAGCUACCGAGCCGGAAGACCCGGACACGGCACUACUUGCUACCGAGGCCGGGGCGGAGCUAAGUGGUGGUGGACGGGGCAUCCGGAUCAGCAGCGAAGAGGUCUCAAGGAUGGGUCUCGAUGUCUGGAGUGAGACGGACGCCGAGUUCGUCAAGGCGCUCGCGAAGACGUACUUUGAGCGCAGCGCGUAUGUUGAGGGGAAAGGGGUGGAGGUCUGUGGGGUUAGGGUGUGUUAGUGUUAGGGCGAGAAAGUCGGACAGGGCCAUGCUUGCCUUGCGGUUGAGGUAUAGGCUGUAGGUUGUCGAUACGGAGGGGGAAAUAGGAGGUGAGACACGUGUACAUUACAUUUUCCUUGUCGAGACAGAGAGCAAGGAACUGAACUCCCAAGGUACCUAAAAAAAAACAACUAGGUACCUAGGUAAAAGGGGAAGGAGGGGGAUGGGGGUAUUCUAAUCACGAGUUGGUCGAUCGAUCGAUCGAUCGAUGGGAUGAAGGACGAGAGGACGAAGAAGAAGUAGUCAGUUAGGUAUACUUGAAUUAGGGGGGGGUUAACCACAUAGUACUAUCAGGUAUACAUGUAUUUGACUUACCUAACCUAGCCUACAUACCUAGAUACCUAUGUACUAUGAAGAGCAACAAGAGACCAUGGAUCUGGGGCCGGUUUUGUACCAAUACUACAAGAAAAGAAAAGAAUAAAAAAAUAUGAACAUUCAUCGUGAG